UGAAAAGGUCUGCCAGUGGAUUUAAAUGGUAAUAGGAAAGAGGCACAUAAUUAUGCUCCAGACUCCAGGAUUCACUUUCAGAAGAGAGGACAUGCCUAAAUAUAACAGCUGGCUACAGCUCACUGACAAUGUAUUGCCGAUUUCUAAGUUUUACACCAGCCACUGACAACUGUAAGUGACCAACAAGACAACGAAGGACAACAUUUAGUACCAGGUUACAGUAAAAUGCAUCAUGACUGGAUGUUUUUGACCAGAUUCUGCUUCCUGUCUGAUUUUGGGCGCCUGGAUUUCAAGUUCAAAUAUCCUGAGUCGAAAUGCUGUCAGAACAUUCUGCUCUACUUUGAUGAUCCAUCACAGUGGCCAGCUGUUUACAAGAAGGAAGAUCAGGACUGUUAUAUGAAGGAAUCUGUCAUUCGUCCGGAGAACAAUCAAGUCAUCAAUCUCACGACUCAAUAUGCCUGGUCAGGAUGUCAGGUGGUGACAGAGGAUGGGGUUCGUUAUUUCAGCUGCGUUGGUGGGCGCAGUUUUCGUUCAGUUCGGGAAAGAUGGUGGUAUAUUGCCCUAAGCAAGUGUGGUGGUGAUGGUCUAGAACUGGAAUAUGAAAUGAAGUUAACAAAUGGUCAGUCUUUCUGGACAAAGCAUUUCUCAGCUGAUGAGUUUGGUAUCCUGGAGACAGACAUCACAUUUUUAGUGAUCUUCAUCCUCAUUUUCUUGCUGUCCUGCUAUUUUGGAUACAUCUUAAAAGGAAGACAGCUGCUUCACACUACCUAUAAAAUGUUCAUGAUGGCUGCUGGAAUGGAAGUAAUUAGUUUGAUUUUCUUCUGUGCCUACUACAGCCAAUAUGCCAAGGAUGGCAUUGGGAAUCCCAGCCUCAAAAUCCCAGCAAAGCUGCUGUUCUCUGUCAGUUUUCUCGACUUUCUGUUGAUGUUGAUCUUGCUUGGGAAGGGAUUCACAGUUACCAGGGGAAGAAUAAGUCACAGUGGCUCCAUCAAGCUUUCUAUAUAUAUGACACUGUAUACCAUCACACACAUCAUCUUGUUGAUAUAUGAGGCAGAGUUUUUUGACCCAGGUCAAGUUCUCUACACCUAUGAAUCACCAGCUGGAUAUGGGUUAAUAGCGCUACAGAUUAUCGCCUAUGCUUGGUUCUGCUAUGCAAUUCUAAUCACCCUCAAACACUUCCCAGAGAAGCAGGCCUUCUAUGCUCCCUUCUUUGCAGCCUACACUCUCUGGUUUUUUGCUGUUCCUGUUAUGGCACUUAUUGCCAAUUUUGGAAUCCCAAAAUGGGCGAGGGAGAAGAUUGUUAAUGGAAUUCAGCUAGGAAUUCAUUUUUAUGCACACACAGUCUUUCUGAUCAUUACAAGGCCUUCAGCAGCCAACAAAAACUUCCCUUACCAUGUGCGGACUUCUCAGAUCGGAAUUGUGGAAAACAGUGCAGAGAGAUUUCCACAUCAUGUCUAUGGCAAUGUUAAUUUCAUCAGUGACUCUGUCCCAAACUUCACGGAGCUCUUUUCUAUCCCUUCUGUGAACAGCACUCCAGCAGUGCUCAGCAAGCCAGCAGAAGAAACAGUGGACCAGAAGACCCCGAACCCCACAACUAUCAUUACCACCACAGCAGAGCUGACUGGUGCUCAUCUCAUUCUGAAACCUUCACCAGACUCUCUUGAUGCAGCCUACCUCCCCCAUUGCCACAACUACAUCACCAGAAUGGAUUCACAGAGUAUUUCAGUAUGCAAACAACAGAGAACAAGCCCUUGUAAUAUGCACACAGGCAUGCGUAGAUGUUACUACCAACAUUAUGGUGUACUUGUACAUAAAUAUAUAGUUAUGGUGGCCCACAUGGACAGUGUGCUAGGUUGGCUGGAAAAGCAAGGGGGUGGCCACCAUGCUAAUUUGUAUUAGUAGACUGAACCAAACAUCAAUAGCCAUGGAAGUGGGAGUCAAAAUGAUACAGAAUGGGCAUAUUUUUCUGUAGCAUCUUCCCCAGCAUCUAAAGUGCUGAAAGUGCAACUAAGCACACUACAGGGGUUGGAAAAUACAGCCAAGCACUGAUGUAUAGCUUCUUCCUUAGUUAAGCAUUUCUGUAUUUUCCCAAAACUUUGCUGAUGGUGCUUAAACUCCAUGAAGACUGAAAAUUCUACAGACCUUGGACAAGAACUUGUGGGGCUAUGCGUGCUCAUCAGGAGCUUCCACUGUCAUCUUAAGUGUACAUGGGGAAUGGGGGUCUGUCAGUCAGUAUUUACAGGAUUGUGAAAAUUGACCUCCUUUGCAAAUUAUGUCUGAAACUAUUUCUUGCUAUGUCAGGUUACAUGUUUUUUUUCUUUGUUUAAUUUACAAAGAUACCAAAUUUGGAACUGUUUGAAUUAUGACAAAAGCCUCUGUUUUCAUUGUCCAACAGAUUGUGACCUAGAAUCUUACUUAUAACACGUAAUCUGCACAUCCCGCUUCUCAGAUGUGAAGCUACGUCCUUUAAUAUGAGCAGAGGAGUAAGUGUGGACCCCCCCCAGCAUACCUUAGUAGGAACUGACCUGACCAUUUUGGAGGUUGACACUCUCAUGUUUGCUAAUCACUUUUCAUGAGCAUUCUGAGUUGAAAUGAAAUUUGGAUUUUCAAAUCCAAGCAUGCACAUAUAAAAGUUACAGGGUUCCUGAACAUUAAGGAAUUCAUUUCCAUAUAAAAGUGUCAUUUUAAGUAUGAGUUUGAAAGGAAGCUUGGAAGUUCAUUAUGAUGUGGAGCAGUUAAGUAGUCUAGAAAUAGGAGAUACUCCAGUGGCUAAAAUGAAUAAUGUUUCCUGAAGCUCCACAUUUGAUCAGUAUGAGCACAGGAGUUUUCAGAUAUCAGCUAUAUCCCAUCAAAUGUGAGAUAGUUGAAAGGCAUAGACAUUCUGUGAGGGUAAAAUGACAGCUGCCGUGUUUGAUGGAUAAGAACACAGAGUUUCUGAUGUGCAAUCUGCAACCGUGUUUUAAUGUGGAAAAGUGAAACACUGUACAUAUGUGAGUUUGGAGGAAUGAAAUAUCUGCUUCCAUUUGCAGUACAAAACAGUUAUAUGGUUCCCACAAAGAUUCUUAUUCUCUGACCAUUGGAUAUAGUACUUUAUAAGCUGAAGGUCCAGUUGUCUACUAAUUCUUACACUGAAGGUCAUUUGUCUACUAAUUUUUACAAACUGCUGUUGGUAAUGAGACUUGGCCGUUUUUAAGUAUCCAGAAGUAACUUUUAGGCAGGUAGUAAAGACAUCCAAUAAUGCUGAAACUACAGCCAGAGUUUUGUACUGGGCAUUAUUGAUCUGGCAUCCAGAUUGUCACUCCCUGCUUCUAAGGUAGAGUUCUAGACAAAGCAGUUUGGAACGGUAGAAGGACAUAUAGCUCCUUUAAUGUGAGAUGGCUGAGAGAUGUAGGUGGAGGAGUUUUCAGAAGUAAAAUAGAAAUUAUCAUCUGUACUUUAAGGCAAUUAAAAGUAUGAACAGAUGUCAUGUGAAAAAAAAUAGAGGCGUUAUUUACCAAAGUGUCUCUACUAUGGCCAUCAGACUGUUUAGAGUGGACCUGAAAAAAUGAAAAUGAUCAGAUGAAACUCAUAGCUGUAGACAUGACAGGUAAAGCUAAUGUCAGAAACAUGCUUGCCACUUUUUGAAUAAAGAUCUGCAUCUUUUAACCUUUCUCCUAAUAAAAAGGGUAUACCAUAAGAACUACAGCAUAGUUAGAUAAGUAUAUCAUUAGAUGAUAGUUGCAGUAGUUGCUCUAAACACCUUUUUGCCACAUUUCCAGUACAAAAGUGAGCUGACCAACCAUGUGACAUACUUCUAAUGCAGGUGCAUAUUUUUAAACACCUGCUAUGUAUCCCAGCAAACUGCGAUGAUGUUGAACAAUUUAAGAUUAUUGUUUAGAACUGAAACACUAGAUUUCUUAACAACAAACAUCUUUGAAAUGUUUCCAUUUUUCAUAAUGCUUUUUGAGAAAGGGAAUUUCGAACUCAAAACGUAGUUUCCAUGUACUUUGAAAUUUGUGCCAAACGCAUGUUGUAGUAAACAGAAUGCUAUGAAACAUGAAAACAGAUAAUUCCAUUGUCUCUGUCUGUCUCCACCGUAGGGCACUGUAGUGGUUUCAGUUAUUUCCAUGACAAAGGGUUUGAAAGUAAUUACUGGAAUUAUUUCUAGAAAAAGGUCAGUAUGAUUUAAAAAAUAGCCAGUAGAGUAUUAGAAACAUAAGUGUGUGUGUGUGUGUGUGUGUGUGUGUGUGUGUGUGUGUGUGUGUGUGUGUGUGUGUGUGUGUGUGUGUGUCUAUCAUACUGUCUGAGCAUGCUACAUAUCCACAUAUAUGCAUGUUUAGCAAUCUGUGUGAGUUCUCACCAUGUGCAUAAAGGCAUGUAUAUUUAUGUGAAUAUGCAUAGAUGUGUGCAACAAUGUGUCUAGUUAGGGGUGCCAUGCUCUCCCAUACCAUCGCUCUUGGGGGCUUGAACUGGUAUCCAGAACGAAGGCAUAAUAAACUGCUUAACAUGCAGACUUAUUGUUAAGAAUCAUCAGGCAAAAUGGACAUCGUGUAAAUACAGGAGGACAGAUAUGUUCCCUUAACUACAUAGUUAAGGGAACAUAUCUGUUCCCUUAACUACAUAGUUAUGACUGGGUGAUCUGUAUGUUUGACUCUUGUAAUGACUGCAAACACUUUUCAGAUAAGUAAUAGAAGACUGCAAGUGCAUCUGUUGUGUGUUUUUUGCACAUGUAUAAAGCCAUUGAUGUAAUGACUGUAGCUCUCAACUGUCCAAAUUUUCACACAAUGUCCAGAUUUUUGCCUCAUAUUUUUGGUCUGUUCCUCAUAAAAUGUAUGGAUUUCUGGCAUGUCAGUGAGGAUUGAAAUCAGUAAAUAAUGGCAUGCUUUUGA